AUUCAGUAAUUCAGCUGGCUCAGCCCGCGCCACCUACCCACCCUGAGGCAAGUUGCUUUCGAAACACCGGAACCCAAAUAGAUUGAACAGAUGCCGGUUUACGAAAGGCGCGAAGCCGGCUGUUCGCUAUCGUGAUGUCAAGCGAGUUGGCGUUGUAAGGCGCUCGGCGACAAGUGGCGACAGUGCUCUCCCCACCGCCCCCUUGGACCACUCCCCCCUUCCUGGCCCCGAAAAUGGAGGUCCCCGAAAUCGGCAACUUGCUGGACCUCGACCCGUAUCUGAAAAACUACGAGCAGGAGAUCAGGCGACGGUACAAGUGCUUCUCCGAUCGCCUGACCGAAAUCGAGAACGUCGAAGGGCUGCUGAGGUUCUGCAAGAGCUAUGAAGAAUACGGCAUCCACUGCCUGCCGGACAACAGCGUUCGCAUCAGGGAGUGGGCCCCCGGCGCCGAGGCACUCUUCCUCCGCGGAGACUUCAACGGCUGGGAGCGGCUGACACAUCCGUUCAAGAAGCUGCCCUUCGGCAAAUGGGAGCUGACGCUGCCGCCAAAACCGGAUGGCUCCUGUCCCAUCGACCACCUGUCCAGGAUCAAGAUCGUGGUCCUGGACAGGACGACAGGGCAGCUGGCGGACCGCAACAGCCCCUGGGCAACUUACGUGGUGCGCGGCAAAGACGCCCCGCAGUACGAGCAGCGGCUCUGGAAUCCCCCACCAGAGGAGCGGCACCAGUGGAAGCACCCCAAGGUUGCCGCUCCCCAAAGCCUGCGCAUCUACGAAUGCCACGUGGGCAUAGCCUCGGAGGAUUACUGGGUGGCCAACUACAGUUACUUCACCUCCCACGUCCUGCCGCGCAUCAAGGCACAGGGUUACAAUGCCAUCCAGAUAAUGGCCAUCAUGGAGCAUGCUUACUACGCCAGCUUUGGGUACCAGGUGACAAGCUUCUUUGCCGCUUCCAGCCGCUACGGCACCCCCGAAGAGCUGAAGGCCCUGGUGGACGCUGCCCACGGCAUGGGCCUGUAUGUGCUGCUGGACAUCGUGCACAGCCAUGCCUCCAAGAACGUGCUGGACGGUCUGAACCGCUUCGAUGGCACCGACGCCUGCUUCUUCCACAACGGCGGCCGGGGUCACCACCCGCUCUGGGACAGCCGCCUCUUCGACUACACAAAGCUGGAAGUGCUGCGCUUCCUGCUGUCCAACGUGAACUGGUACCUGACUGAGUACCGCUUCGACGGCCUGCGCUUCGACGGGGUCACCUCGAUGCUGUACCACUCGCACGGCAUGGGCCACGGCUUCAGCGGGGACUACAACGAGUACUUCGGCCUCAACGUGGACACGGAGUCCCUCGUCUACCUCAUGCUCGCCAACCACGUGGUCCACAAGCUGCACCCAACUGCAAUCACCAUCGCAGAGGACGUCUCUGGAAUGCCGGCCCUCUGCCGGCCCGUGGAGGAAGGGGGCACGGGCUUCGACUACCGGCUGGCCAUGGCAGUGCCCGACCUCUGGAUCAAGCUGCUGAAAGAGCAGAAGGACGAGGACUGGAACAUGGGCCACAUUGUGCACACCCUCACCAACCGCAGGUGGAUGGAGAAGAGCGUCGCAUAUGCAGAGUCCCACGAUCAGGCUCUGGUAGGGGACAAGACACUGGCCUUCUGGCUCAUGGACAAGGAGAUGUACACGCACAUGUCGACCCUGACGCCCCUGACACCCGUGGUGGACCGGGGCCUGGCCAUGCACAAGCUCAUCCGCCUGCUCACCCACGCCCUCGGGGGCGAGGCCUGGCUCAACUUCAUCGGCAACGAGUUUGGGCACCCUGAGUGGCUGGACUUCCCGCGGGCGGGCAAUGACGAGAGCUACCACCACGCCCGUCGCCAGUGGCACCUGGUGGAGGACGACCUGCUGCGCUACAAGUUCCUGAACCGCUUCGACAGCGCCCUCAACCACCUCGAAGAGCAGCACCACUGGCUGCCCUCUCCGCCCGCGUACGUGAGCUUGAAGCACGAGGACGACAAGGUGAUUGCCUUCGAGAGGGCGGGGCUGCUAUUCGUCAUCGGCCUGCACCCGUGCAAGAGCUUCACCGACUACCAGCUGGGCAUCGACGUGCCGGGAGAAUACAGGAUAGUCCUGGACACGGACGCCGAGGAAUUCGGCGGCCACAGGCGCAUCGACCACGGCGUCAGGUGCUUCACCUUCGACCAGCCCUACGCGGGACGCAGGCAUUCUAUCAAGGCGUACAUCCCCAGCCGGGUGGGCCUGGUGUUCGCCCCCGUCGUCUGAGCCUGCCUUUGCGUCCCCCUGCACAGUGCAAUAUUUUCUAGGCCAAUUUUUUUCAAUAUGAUCAACUUACGUUCCUUGUAUCGAAUAAAUUAGUUUUGAUGCUA